AUGCCGGGGGUCGAAGCCAUGCAGGGGCAAGCCGGCCGCCGGCGCGCUGAACGCCAGACGUCAUCAUGCACCGAAUGUCGUCGCCGGAAGCAAAAGUGUUCACAAGGCCAACCGUGCACAAACUGUCUUCGCCGGUUUCCCCAGCCUAUUUGCGAAUACAAGGUCAAGUCCUCAAAAAGAUCUUCUCCCCCUAGUUCCCUCCAGAAACCACCUCCUGCGUUAGCCGUGCGACAAGGACCAUACGCUCACUUGAAUCCUGCCGACGUCCAGGAAGCCAUCAUCAAUCUAGAGGAUGCCUUGUCAAGUUCUUCAUCCGGCAGCUCCGCCCAAAACCCCCAUUCCAAGAUCAGCGCCUGGGUUCCGUUCAAAGUUGUCUCCAAGGAGGUUCAAGAUGAAGACGAAGCCAUACUCAAGUCACUUCAGGUCAUCGUGGAACACCGUCUAACCUUGGCUAAUCGUAUCUAUUUGGAUGAGCGUGCCGAGACCACCAAGGCAUUCUUGACGCACCACGAAGGACGGCGGCCUGUUGGAUUACCAGUCGAAGGCUCGAUGGAGCAACUACGGUUAUUGCCAAUGGAGCCUACUAAUCUGAAUAAGGAGUUGGUACGCAUACACCUGCAGCUACUAUGCCGCUUCAAGUGCUCCGUGGAUGGGAACCCAGAUCCAAGCAAUGCCUUUAUGAAAUACUGGGUUCCCUGCUGUGUGCAAGACCCCCUGCUUCUCCAGAUUGUUCUAUUCACAUCGUCAUGUUUCCUUUCAGAGACAGGACACAUCCCAAAGAUAAUAGCAAUGAUGCACAAGGGCAAGGUGUAUCAUUUGCUCAACUCACAGCUUCGAGACGAGGCCAGCCAAACCAGCGAUGCGUCAGUUCUCGGCGUCGUGCAGAUGAUUGCUGAUUCUUGGUAUUGGGGCGCCACAGCCGAUCUCAAGGCCCAUAUCAGAGGUCUGAAACAGAUGGUCAGGAUGCGAGGUGGUCUAAGCCAACUUGGACUACACGGAUACUUGGCCAAGAUGAUUAUCGUUCACGACGUUGUCAUGGCGCUUGCACAUGAAAUCGAUCCAUGUAUCUAUGGUCAUCCCGGCUUCACGUUCCAGGAUCCUAUCAUGGUUCCCUUCAAGACGGCCUUGAAUACGCCUCUCAUCUUUGGAUGGCCCUCAUUCCAAGGAUGCUCAAACUCCCUGCAGCUUCACCCAAGCACGGCUCAGAUUCUUGACGACAUGCGUUAUCUAUUUGACGUUGUUCUAUCGUUGCCGGAAUUCCCCAGCGCGGAGGAGCUUGACAACGUUGUAACAACAGCGGGUUGGGUUCAGGACAGGAUAUCUGACCUUCCAGAUGACGCCCCAUCCCGACGGUCGCCAGAAUAUCGCACACCUUCUCGAUCAAGCUCUGUCGAAAGCCCGGCAAAGUCACCAGGUUCCGCCAGGACCGACAAGUCUUCCCCGCCUGUUGAACUUCCAGACAUGAUGUAUCGUGUCGUCCGAUUGACAUCACUGAUCUGGGUUCGGUCAAUUCUCAACCGCUCCCCAACCACCACAAUGUGCUCGGAGCGCGAUGUAAUGAUAAUCUGGGGCUCAGUAUGGCAGGCUGGUCUACCCUGCUGGCAAACCGUGGUCGGCAUCUUUGUGUGGAUCAUGCUGGCGCUUGUUCCCAGUUGUCACAAGACACCUGCUGGUCGCUUCAUGAAGACGUUGCUGGUUUCCACUUUCAUGUCGAUCGGGGUUGACAAUUGGCACAUCGCCAUGGACAUCACCAGGACCGCUUUCAAGCUGCAAAGAUGGCUUGCAGGAGGCAGGAUUCAAGCAGGCGAGAAGGGUCUCAGCGGAGGGGAGACUGUUGUGGAUAAAUCGACCAACGAUGUAAUGGUCACAAUGUGUGACUUUACUCAACUUCGCAAGGAUAUACCAAAUGGGAUUGUCCUCCUUCCGGGGCAAGAGGGCUAUGGGGAGGUCCUUGACAGAUGGAGCGUGGCCUGUGUAAAGAGGGCGGCUGUUGUUGUUUUGCCUUCGAAUUCACAAGAGGUUUCUACGGCCGUGAAAUUUGCAGUUUCGAACAAAAUAGUCAUGACUGUCUGUGGUGGUGGACACUCUUCCAGUGGGACCUCUUCUUCUGAAGGUAUGGUCAUUGACCUGAGGAAGAUGCGAAAGGUCAAGGUCGACACAGCAACUAUGACUGUCGAGUUUGAGGGAGGCUGUCUUUGGAAAGAUGUCGACUUUGCUCUUGAACAACAUGGACUGGCAACCGUCGGAGGUGUUGUCAACCACACAGGAGUUGGAGGGCUAACGUUGGGCGGAGGCCACGGAUAUCUGACACCUGUCCACGGACUGACCAUCGACAACAUGAUUUCUGCAGAAGUUGUUCUUGCCGAUGGUACCAUUGUGGAGGCGUCAGAGGACAAAGAUCCAGAUCUCUUUUGGGCUAUCCGAGGGGCAGGGGCUCAGUUUGGCGUUGUGACCCGAUUCGUCUCACGCGCCCACAAGCAGGGCAAGGUCUGGAGCGGCACGUUGGCAUACUCGGCUGACAAGCUGCCCACCUUGCUUUCCACUGCGAACGAUCUUCACCAGCGACAUACCUCGGAGGGUCAUUGCCUUGCUCUAGGAAUUGGCUUUGGUCCGGACGGCACACGCGUUGUCUCCGCGAUCCCCAUGUUUCAUGGCUCCGAGGCCGAUGGGAGAGAAUACUUCUCGGGUCUUCUAAAGGUUGGACCGAUUAUCGACAAUGCCUCAAUGAUGACGACAGCGCAGAUGAACACUCUCAUGAACCCCAUCAUGGAACACGGCAUCCGGCGCCUAAUGGGUUCAGGGAAUGUCACAAUGCCGCUAAACACCAAGUCCAUGUUACAGAACGCGGAGGAAUUCUGGAAAUUUUGCGAAUCUCACAAAGGCAUGGGUCAUUCCGCCCUUGCCAUCGAGUUCUUCCCGACGGAUAAGAUUCGCGAGGUUGCGCAGGAUGCCACGGCAUAUGCCAACCGGGGAGACUACUACGACGCCAUGACAAUAUUCGCUUGGGAGGAUGCAGCCCACGAUGCAGAGGUCCGCCGCUUCAACCGGGAUCUCUGCAGACGCAUCCGCGAAACGAAUGGUUACCAGGCAGUGUCUGGCGGUCACUGGAGCAAGGGACCUGUCGGGGUGUACAUCAACAUCGAGGCGGAUAGUGUCUCGCCCAAGGACGCUUGGGGAGCGAAUCUGCCGCGGCUGAGGGAGUUGAAGAAGAAGUAUGAUCCACAGAAUGUGUUUCAUAAGUGGCAUGGCAUUGCAGAGACAGAGUCUAUAUCAUGA